UUUUUUUUUGUUUUUUUUUGCACUGAACGGAAUGAAUGUUAUUGAAAACGAAAUUACGUUAAAAUCACAGAUAAACUUUACCGUUUUUCUUCUCUCUCUCUUUUUUUUUCUUUGAGGUAAAACGUGAUUGAAUUGCCAGUUUAGCAAAAUAGGGUCAGAAAUCAGUUCGUUAAUUUACACUAAACCUAGUGCGAUUUCCAAGAUGGUACAACAAGAUGAACAGGGCAAUAGUAUCGAGUCAAAAAUUCAAAAUGUAACUCCAACAUUACCACACCUUGUCGACCUUACUUCCAAAUGUGUUUUGAUUAAACAAUUAACAACAGAAAUACUGCAAAAAGCGGAAAAAGAUUUAAAUUUUUUAACAGAUCCAUCAGCAGAAGGAAUGAAAUCGCAACUUGCUAAUUCAUUUAUACAACUUAGAUUACUUAAUCGUAAAUCUAACUUGGAAAAGAAUGCGGGAAAGUUAGCAACACAGGAAGCAAAAUUAGCUAUGGAUCGAAUUCAUUUACAAUUACAAGAUCUAAAUUAUAUGAAAAAUUAUCUUCAAAGAGAAAUUCGCAAGUGUCGUUCAUUUAGAUCCAUUUAUCAAAAAGUUCCCCUCCUAUCGGAAGAGGAAUUUUUAGCAAAUGCACCUGAGGAGUUAAAAACACAAUUACCUGAAGGAACUACGGAAAGACAACAACAUCAUCAUAGGAUGCUUCAACGAUUGAAUUAUGAAAAAGAAGAACGAUUAAGAUUACAAGAAGUUGUACAUAAUAAAUUAAAAAGAAAGAUGGAACUAGGAGAUAGUAUACUGGCCAAGAAAACGAAGAUUGAACAAAUUAACAAAGAAUUUGAGACAGGAAGCAACUCCUCUCAAGAAAUUGUUAGUCACAGAAGAAGAGACCGAGACAAAAAUGGAGACUGAACAGUAAUCACAAAAUAUUUAAUUAUUGCACAAUUGUGGUGUAUAUACUGAAUUCUUUUUAUUUUAUUUAAAAAAAAAAAAAAAAAAA